UCGCGCGCUGUCUGUCUCUUCCGGUUCCUUCGUAUUCCUUCCCGAUUCCUAUUCCUUCCUAUUUUCCUAUUUUUCCUUCCUAUUUUCCCUGCCUGCUGCUGCUAUUCUCUUCUGUCUGUCUGUCUGUGUGUCCCAUGGGGGUUGUUGUCUCUUGACACACCAGCACUCGUAGUAGCAGUCUAUCUUCUUCUUCUUCUUCACAGCUCUCCCUCCCCACCCUCACACCCCACCCCUUCCCUCGUGCCUCGUUCAACGUCUGCCCUCGUCUGCCCAGCUCUGCCCCUGCCUCUUUCCGCUCCCCUCCCCGUUCUCUGUCAACUUGCUGGCCUGUGUCCUCCCUCCCUCGUGUCUCCAUUCUUCUUCUUCAUCUUCUUCUACUACUCGCUGUCUCUUUCUGUCUCUCUCCUUCAUUACGACAUUUUCGAGGGAGUUCCGCUCACCCCCCUGGGGUGUUUACUAGCGCAUCUCGCUCUAACAUUCAUUCCAAUUCGCUGCAACGCGCUUCUCGCGAUCAAAGCUUUGAAGCCAACCGGACUUCCUUGGCUGGUUGCCGCAUGGUUGUUGUGCAGUCGUCUUCGUGGGUACCUCUGUUGUCGACGAUAGUUUUUUUUUUUUUUUUUUUUUUUUUUUUUCCCCUCUAAUUUUUCUUUAAUUUUUUUCUCUCGGUUCUUUUAGCGCUUGUUGCUCGCUUUCCUCCCUGCCGCUGGUGAGGUUCCUCUAGGGUUUUCCAUUUCCAAGGCCUCGUUUCUGCCGAUCUGGCUUUUCUUAGUGAAAAAAUUCAGUUCCGCCACCGCUGUGUCACAUUUGGGGAAGUUGUUUGAAGUCUCCUGAUUUAGGUUUUAGGGACAGAUCCCUCCUGUUCAGUGGAUUAGAGAAUCUGGCCCCCUUCUUGUGCGCUGCGGUUAUAGUGAAACAGGAGGAUUGGCUGCUCAAGUACCUCAUGGAGGGAGACGGGGUGCGUAGACCGCGUGUGCAAGUGGGUGAAAUCUCGUGUUGGCGUUGUAGCUAGUAGUUGACAUACGCUACCCAACUUUUGUAGGUUUUUACCUGAAUCGUCUUGGAUGAAGCGCAACGUACUUUCGUGUUCCCAGCUGUGUUGACGUGGACGGUGGUGCAAGUCGUGGAAUUAUCAAUCCUACGCCGUCCUUGUGUGCUAUACGUGUGUAGAGUGUGAUGAAGCGUCGGUGAAUUAGACAACGUAUUGGAAGUAUAACGAUGGUUUCAAGGUCGUAUAGUAAUCUUCUGGAUCUGAAUGAGGAUUCCACAAUAUCCAGUGAUUCUUCCUUGGGCCUCACUCGAUCGAGUGGUGGCCGCUCGUCGCGUGCGGCCAUCACUGGUGGGCCGUCCGGCGGAACCAAUCAUGAUGACGACAGGCCUGUCGGGCACCGCGAUGGGAUCUUCAACACUGAGUCAUUCGGAAUGUCGGACGAGAAUCGCAUGCUUGUUGUGGCGCACAUGUUGCCGCUGAACGCUCAUCCUCAUCCGAGUGGAAACAGCUACAUAUUCGAGUGGGACAAAGACUCGCUGCUUUGGCAGCUUAAAGAUGGAUUACCGGCUGGAAUGGAGGUUGUCUACGUAGGAUGUUUGAAGGUGGAAAUCGAUGGACCCGAUCAGGAUGAGGUUGCUGCCACCCUUCUUGAGAAUUUUAAUUGCGUACCAGCUUUUCUUCCCGAAGAACUGAAAUCCAAGUUUUAUCACGGGUUUUGUAAGCAGACGUUGUGGCCCCUAUUCCAUUAUCUUCUACCCCUUAGUCCUGAGCAUGGAGGUCGAUUCAAUCGCAUGUGGUGGCAAGCAUAUGUAUCCGUCAACAAGAUUUUUGCUGACAAGGUGAUGGAGGUCAUUAGUCCUGACGAUGACUAUGUGUGGGUGCAUGAUUACCACCUUAUGGCUUUGCCUACCUUUUUACGUAAGCGAUUCAACAAAGUGAAGCUUGGGUUCUUUUUGCACAGCCCGUUCCCUUCAUCCGAGAUUUAUCGGACUCUGCCGGUGCGGGAUGAGAUACUGAGGGCUCUAUUGAAUGCUGACUUGAUAGGGUUUCAUACAUUCGAUUAUGCGAGGCACUUUUUAUCCUGUUGUAGUCGUAUGCUGGGCCUGGAGUUCGUGUCCAAGAGGGGCAGUAUUGGAGUAGAGUAUUAUGGCCGCUCAGUGGGUAUUAAGAUCAUGCCCGUGGGCAUCCACAUGGGCCAGUUCGAUGCGAGCCUGAAACUUGCCGAUACGAAGUGGCGCAUUGGGGAGAUCCAGGAGAAAUAUAAGGGCAGGAUUGUGCUUCUCGGUGUGGACGAUAUGGACAUAUUCAAAGGCAUUGGGUUGAAGUUCUUGGCUAUGGAAGAGCUCCUCAGGGUACAUCCACAGUGGAGAGGACAGGUUGUCAUGGUGCAGAUUGCUAAUCCUGCGAGGGGCAAAGGCAAGGAUAUCGAAGAGGCCAAGAAUGAAGCUCAUGCAAUUGCUGAUAGAGUCAACGAAGAGUAUGGGUUUGAGAACUAUCAGCCGAUUGUCUUGGUGGAGACUCAUGUGCCACUUUUUGAGCGGAUUGCAUAUUACACAAUCGCAGAGUGCUGCAUUGUGACUGCAGUGCGUGAUGGUCUGAAUCUCAUUCCGUAUGAGUAUAUAGUGUGUAGGGAAGGCUCUCCUCGGCUGGCGGGAUCGGAAAAUCAUCUUAACGACUCUUCGGCUAAGAAAAGCAUGUUAAUAGUGUCCGAGUUUAUUGGAUGCUCACCAUCUUUGAGUGGUGCAAUUCGGGUGAAUCCAUGGAACAUUGAGAUGGUUGCUGAGGCUAUGAAUGUUGCGAUCACGACGAAAGAUCAAGAGAAGCACCUGCGGCAUGAGAAGCACUACAGAUACGUGAGCACACACGACGUUGCAUAUUGGGCGAAAACCUAUAUCUCGGAUUUGCAGAGAACUUGCAAUGACAACUUUAAACGUCGGUGCUAUGGAAUAGGUUUUGGGCUAAGUUUCCGGGUUGUAGCCCUGGAUCCUAGCUUCAAGAAGCUGCGCACUGAGCUCAUUGUUUCCGCAUACAAGAGGAGUGUCCGCAGAGCCUUACUUUUGGACUAUGAUGGUACAGUGAUGCCUACAUCACACAAAGAAAGCCCCAGCCCUGAAGUUUUGGAUCUUUUGAAUACACUUUGCAGCGACCCUAAUAAUGUGGUGUUCAUCGUUAGUGGUCGUCAACGGUCGAAGCUUGCGGAAUGGUUCAGUUCCUGUGAGAAACUAGGUCUUGCUGCUGAACAUGGAUACUUCUACAGGUGGAGUCGGGAUUCCGACUGGGCUACUUGCAGAUUGCACAGUGUCUCAGAGUGGGACCGGUUGAAUCUCGUAGAGCGUGAAGUGCCGAUCAUGAGCUUCGAUUGGAAACUGGUUGUAAAGCCAGUCAUGCAACUUUAUACGGAGUCAACAGAUGGAUCUUACAUUGAGGACAAAGAAAGUGCAUUAGUGUGGAAUCAUCGAUUUGCAGACUCUGACUUCGGAGCUUGGCAAGCCAAAGAGUUGCAAGAUCAUCUAGAAAGUGUAUUGGCGAAUGAACCAGUCACGGUAAAGAGUGGUGCGCACAUUGUGGAGGUUACACCACAGGGCGUGAGUAAGGGCGUUGUAGUGGAGAAGUUGCUCUAUAUGAUGGAGAAGGAACAUGGAUCCUUGCCAGAUAUGGUGCUUUGUGUUGGUGAUGAUCGGUCAGACGAGGACAUGUUUGAGAGUAUCGAGUCUCUCAUGGAUCAUGCUCCUUCUGCUGAGGUAUUCGCAUGCACUGUGGGUCAAAAACCCAGUAAAGCCAAGUACUAUUUAGAUGAUGUAGUGGAGGUGAUCAAGAUGCUACAGGGGUUGGCAAAUGCCUCAAGUAGGCCUUCUGCUUCGUCGCUUCCUCAGCUUUCCGAUUUCUCAUCCCUUCAUAUUUAGGUGGCUCUGUAGAAGCUGAUAAGAGUAGGUAUUAGAUUUAAACAAGAAAACAUCCUCUUUAUAGAUAUCAUGCAGUUAUAUGCUUCAGUAGGUGGGAGCAGGAAUGUAGCUGGUGCAGCGACAGCGGUGAGUGCAAGCUUAUUAAAAAAUGGCUGCUAAACGCUGCUAUCAGUGCUGGAAACCAGGCCGUUGCUCAAGGAUAUGAUUGAUUGCAAAUAGACAGAUCGACCGAGUGAUUCUUCGCACGAGAAGAAUGACGUCGGUUUUCUACAUUCAUUGCCUUGUCUUAGGAUGGUUAAGGAUUCUGUUUCAGUGUUGGCUUUGUUACUCCGUCACCCCAACAAUCUGUGCAGAGGCUUCUUUCAGAAGAUUUUGGAAAUAUUGUUUGUUGCAAGUAGGUUUUUUUUUGUUCAUAAACGCUUAGUCUCUGCUUUUAUUUCAGCAUGAUCAACAAAGUAGAUGAAAUUUUUCGAUGCUAUACACUCCAUUUCCUCAGCAAAUCGGCUGUCUGUUCUGCAAAUGCGGAGUUUUUACACCCAGCUGUAUAUGGCGGCUCAUUAUUGGAGUAAACAGUGCGCUAAUAGUUUGAAACUUUGAAGGAAGAUGGUAUCCUGGAAUGCUCUUUUGGGUUAUGUAUAUUGGUAUCGUCUUUUAUGCGAUGAUUGUUCCGUUUUA